AUACACACACUCCAUGUCUUAACAACACAAUAAAAACCCUAAUACCUUAAACUGCAAUAACAAAUCCCUAAAUCAAUCUCAAACCUUCACUAUAAGAUCCAACGGUUGAAAAGUGUGGAACACUCGUGCUUAUCACUCUCCCCCACUUCUCACACUCAUUUCACUCCUCACUGUUUCUGUUUCUCUCCUAACAUGAACCAAAACAUCAUCGAUCUUCAACGUUGUUGUUCUCUUUCACUUUCAACAAAACAACAUUGAUCUUCGUUUCGAUUCCGACCUAUUAACAUAAUCGAAAAACCCAUCAAUAAAAACAUAAUUUUUCAAAGCUUCACUUUUUAAUUCUCAGCUGGGUCGUAAAAAAAAAACGGAACUUUGAUUAUUUUUUUUUAAAGGUGUUGAACUUUUGGAGUGAAGUUUUUCUUGGUGUUCUUGAAUUUGUCUAAUGGUAAGUGACAAUUACCACAAGAUGAUUUCUGAUGUUGCAAUCCGAUCCAUGUUAAAGAAUGGUGAAGAUUUGAGCAUUUUAAGGCGGCAACAAAUGGAUGAGAAUGAAAGGGAGAGAGAAGUUGCGAGGCUGAGAAGUGGGUCGGCGCCUCCCACUAUUGAAGGUUCUUUAACAUCUUUUGGUGGUUUAUACGGUGGUUCUCCGGUGAGUUAUGGCGGUGGAGGUGGAGGUGGAGGUGGAAGGGGUUUUGGUAGUGAAGAGGAGAUUCGUGCUGAUCCAUCUUAUGCAAAUUAUUAUUACAAUAAUGCGAAUCUGAAUCCAAGGUUGCCUCCACCGUUGGUGUCGAAGGAGGAUUGGCGGGUUUCGAGGAUGAAAGGUGGUUUGAAGGUUGGAGGAAUUGGGGAUCGGAGGAGGCUGAAUGGUGAAGGUGGUGAUGAGGUUGUAAAUGGAGAAAGGUCUGUUUUUUCUGCACAGUCUGGUGUGUUUAAUGGGAAGGAGGAUGGUUCUGAAUGGGGCGGCGAUGAUGGCUUGAUUGGCUUGCCGGCAUUAGGGCUUGGGAGUAGGCAGAGGAGCAUUGCUGAGAUAUUUCAAGAUGAAAUGAAUAGCACAGCAUCUGCCUCCAAGCACCCUCAUCAGCUGCCUAACCAUAACAUGUUCGACGACAUCGCGCAAAAACCGGAAAACCAUUUUGCUUAUCUGCAUCAAGAUUUGGAUGAUUUAAAGUCUGGCGGAAAUCAUGUUGGUUCGGCAUCUCAAUCUUACGCUUCUGCUUUAGGAGCCUCCUUGUCAAGGAGCAAUACCCCCGAUGCUCAAUUUAUACCAAGAGUUUCUAGCCCUUCUAUUCCUCCCAUUGGUGAGGGUAGGUCCAAUGCCGCAGAGAAAAGAGGUUUCAACGGUCAAAACUCAUAUAAUGCUGUCUCGUCUAAUUUAAAUGAGCCUACUGAUCUUGCAUCUGCUUUGGCUGGCUUGAAUCUGUCUCAAAAUGGUGCAAUAGAUGAUGAGAAACGCUCCCCGUCAUCAAGGCACAAUGAAUCAGAUUACAGUCAUAAUGCUAAGCAGCACCAAUACUUAAACAAGUCUGAUUCUCUACCUUAUCUGCGUCAUCCUGCAAACCAUCCCUAUUUGAAAGCAAGUAAAAGCAACGCUGGUUUUGGAUUGGAUAUGAAUGAUUCUAUGUUAUAUGCAAAUGAACAGCUAGAAUCUCGUAAGGCUGGUGGAUUUUCUGUUAAUUCACAUUUAAAAGGACCUUCUACACCAAGUUUUACUGGAAGAGGUGGUUCAUCGCCUGCUCAUUAUCAGAAUGUCGAUGAUAUGCAUAUCUCGCACGCCAACCAUAACAUGGCCGGGUUUGCUGUUAACCCUUCAUCACCACCGAUGAUGGGGAGCCAGCUUGGGAGUGGAAAUUUGCCUCAUUUCUUUGAACAUGCCACUCCAUCAUCUGUACUAGGAAUGAAUGCCAUGGAAUCGAGGGGCUUGGGACGGGGUGCAAAUUUAGGACAUUUGUUGUCUACGUCGGAGUUACAGAAUGCAAGCAGAUUGGGACAUCACGCUGCACCUGGCACUCAUCAGCUUCCCUUGAUUGAUCCUUUGUAUCUUCAACAUCUGAGAUCAAGCGAAGUUGCUGCUGCACAGUUUGCAGCCCUUAACGUAUCAGCAAGAAAUAAUUCAAUUACCGAACUUGCCCUCCAAAAAGCUUAUAUAGAGUCAUUAAUUGCUCAGCAGCAAAAAGCACACUUUUCGGCCCCUUACCUAGGCAAAUCAGCUAGCAUGAACCAUAAUUCUUAUGGAAAUCCAUCACAUGGUCUCAGCAUGCCGUAUCCAGGAAGUCCAUUGGCUGGUUCUCCCUUCCCAAACUCCAUAUAUGGACCAGGUAGUCCUAUGAGCCAGAGUGAGCGUAAUAUGCGUAUGUCUGGGAUGAGGAAUGUUCCAGGAGGUUUCCCAGGAGCUUGGCAUUCCGAAGCUGUUAGUGGUUUGGAUGAGAACUUUCCUUCUACCUUGCUUGAUGAAUUCAAAAGCAAUAAAACCAAAUGUUUUGAACUUGCAGAAAUUGCCGGGCAUGUUGUCGAGUUCAGUGCUGAUCAGUAUGGAAGUCGUUUUAUCCAACAGAAACUUGAGACGGCUUCAAUGGAUGAGAAAACCAUGGUUUUUAAUGAAAUUAUGCCAAAUGCACUUACUCUAAUGACUGAUGUCUUCGGUAAUUAUGUGAUUCAGAAGUUUUUUGAACAUGGAACACCGGCACAAAUAAGAGAACUGGCAGAACAGCUUACUGGUCAUGUGCUGACCCUGAGUCUUCAAAUGUAUGGCUGCCGAGUUAUCCAGAAGGCUAUAGAAGUUGUUAAUUUAGAUCAACAGACUAAAAUGGUUAUAGAGCUGGAUGGUCAUAUUAUGCGUUGCGUGCGUGAUCAGAACGGGAACCAUGUCAUCCAGAAAUGUAUUGAAUGUGUACCUGAAGAUGAGAUCCGUUUUAUCGUUUCAACAUUUUAUGACCAAGUUGUGACAUUGUCAACUCAUCCAUAUGGUUGUCGUGUUAUACAGAGAGUCCUGGAGUACUGCCACGAUCCUAAAACUCAACAGAUUGUGAUGGAUGAGAUUUUGAAGUGUGUUUGCAUGCUGGCACAAGACCAAUACGGGAAUUAUGUUGUUCAGCAUGUGCUGGAGCAUGGUAAGCCGGAUGAACGCUCAUUGAUAAUAAAGGAAUUUACUGGGCAGAUAGUGCAGAUGAGCCAGCAGAAGUUUGCUUCGAAUGUUAUUGAAAAGUGUCUCUCUUUUGGAACGCCUACUGAGCGUCAACUCCUUGUGAAUGAGAUGAUCGGUUCCACUGAUGAUAAUGAGCCUCUUCAGGUUAUGAUGAAGGAUCAGUUUGCAAACUAUGUUGUACAGAAAGUGUUGGAAACUUGUGAUGACCAGCAACUUGAGUUGAUUCUUAAUAGAAUAAAGGUUCACUUGAAUGCUUUGAAGAAGUAUACCUAUGGAAAGCACAUUGUUGCUCGCGUCGAGAAAUUGGUUGCUGCUGGAGAGAGGAGGAUUAAUUUUCUGACACUAAAUAAUCCUACUGCACAAACAGUAUAGAAGGAGAUGAAAGUAAUGUACAGCUAACUGAGGAAAUAGUACAAGUGAAGUGGCCAAAUCCUUUUUUCUUUUUUUCCUUCAUAUUAUCUAGUACUGAUAAUGGCACUGUCUAUAUUCAAAUAGACAGGUGAGUAAUAAAAAUGUUAGUUGUACUUUUGAAAACUGUACAUUUGUUUAGUGUUGAGAGAGGAUUAGAAUCAGAUUUAGCUGAAGCUGGUAAAUUAUUUUCUUAUGGCAGAGAAAAAUAUAUACUGUUUUAUGAGCUAGUUUUAAUUUUGUACAUGGAGGUGUUUGACUGUACAAAUUAUUAUAGGACAACAAGUGUCCCUUGUAUUCCGGAUUAUAAACAUGUUUUUAUGA